AUGGCCGUUCUAGACGACCUUCUGGCUAAGAAGGAAGACAACACGAAAACUGUUGUGAAAACGGCGAAGGUGGGAACUACUUGUGUUCAUUUAUUUUCGUUUGACGAUGUUCAUGUUAAAGAGAAGUUGAAUCUAAUCGAUUUGCAAAUAUUGCAUUAUCAGAAUUCACAAGGCAGUAGUAAUACGUCAUCGAACAGUGCUGCAAAGAGACGUCGACGUGGAGUCGGGGGAACGGCUGGUGGUUGCAGCACGAGUUCAGUGCAAAAUAAUAAAUCGAAUGCACUCCAGUCAAAACGAAUCACCAAAUCAACUCGUGCUGGCCUGCAGUUUCCAGUUACCAAAUUUCAUCGCCUUAUGAAAGAGAAUCAUCAUGCAAAACGAGUCACUCAGUCGGCAGCAGUUUAUUUGAGCGCAGUUGUUGAAUAUCUUUCUGCCGAGAUACUCGAAUUAUCCGGGAAUGCUUGCCGCGAUAAUAAGCGAAAGCGUCUCGUGCCACGCCAUAUACUACUCGCUGUGAAGAAUGAUGAGGAAUUGGAUCGAAUGUGCUCAAAAGUGACGAUACGAUCAGGUGGUGUCCUGCCCUUCGUGCACCCGGUAAUUUCCUAA